CGUGAGGGACUUGCAGGGGAAGGAUUCGAAAUCCGGAAGAUUUAAAUCGCUGAAGGAGAGGUCGCUACGGCACAGUAGUGCCCCGUGUGGUUUGGACUCCGGCAAAUGCAGUCUGGGCGGGACACGCCAGGAGGUUGGCUCAGAAAGGACGUGGGGCCAUUCCUUCCGACCUGCGGGGUCCGCAGCGGGUGAGGGCUCCCCGAGAGCCGGGCGUCUGCGCUCCCUUCCGAUCCCUGCCUCCGUGUGACACCCGAAAGAGGGGCGAUCUCUUACCUAACUAGAGAGACUCUCAAGAGGAAGUCCUCUGCUGAACUCAGACAUUAAAAUCCUAACCACCAGAGCUAAUUUGGAUCAUAAACCACCAAAUGAAUGGGAGCGUCUGUGGUCUUGGCAAGUACAGAAACAUAUAGGUUACUUAUGAGGAUAAUUCACUAAAACAUCAAGCUAUGAAGAAAAACUCCAAGAGGAACCACAGUUCAAGGGUUUCUGACCUAGAAUUGAACUCUGCAGAUGCUGAGAAGGAAAAAAAAGAGCGUCAAAAUAACUUUGUUGAACUGCUGCCUCCAGAAGUUACUUUUAAAAUUUUCAGUCAGCUGGACAUCUGGAGUUUGUGCAGGGCUUCGGUGACGUGCAGGAGCUGGAAUCACACAAUAAGACACAGCGAUGCCUUGUGGAAACCUCAUUGCCUGACUGUGAGAGCUGUAUGCCAAAGAGAGAUAGAUGAUGAUCUAGAGAGUGGUUAUCCCUGGAGGGUAAUACUACUGAGGAAUUACCAGAAGAGUAAAGUGAAACAUGAAUGGCUAAGUGGCAGAUAUAGCAACAUAUGUUCUCCUAUCAGCCUACCAGAAAAAAUCAUGUACCCAAUGGAUGCAGACACAUGGGGGGAAAUUCUAGAAGCAGAACUGGAAAGAUAAGCAGAAAAAUCACACACAGAUCUCCUAACUUUGAGAGUUUAAAACUAAAAUGACUCUUAGUUUAUAAAAGGUAUAUCUUUAGCCGUCCAUAUUUUUGUUUGCCUUUUUACUAUUUAACAUUUAAAAGAAAA